AUGGGAUUAGAUAUAAAGUUAGAGAGUAAAGAAGUAGCAAAAAAAGAAUUAAGAAUACAUAGAAUAAAACAAGAGGAAAAGAGGAGAGAUACCAGGAGAGCAAAGAUGUGCAUGCUUAUUGGGCUGGCUAUACUGUGCCAUUUAUGGGACAGAAUACUGACAGUAGAUGGGCUAAGAAGUGUCUAUAUAAUGGCAGAUCAUAUUAAUGAAGAAACAGACAGCCUAAAUAGUAAAAUAAAGCCAGUGCUAAGAGAAGAAGCCAGCGAUAUUGCACUUAUGCACAGCAAGAGAUUUUUUUCCCCCGAGAUAAAAAUAGAGCACUCUAUAACAGUUACUAAGGAUGACUCUGAAGAUAAUUCAGAAAAAAAUGUUCCAAAACACCCGAUAUACACCUACACACGAAACCACAGGCAGGACAGAGUGCAUCUCAUUCUUCCGUAUGAAGGGGUGUUGCUCAAGUACAAGCGAGCGUACUUUACCACGCUUCUCGAGCUGUUCCCCUCUAUGCACGGGUAUGUGUCCAUAUGGUCAGACAGAGAAGACUCUUUUUUUUCUUUUAUUAACAGGGUAGAUGUAAAAGAGCAUAAGCACAAAAUACUUGCUUCGUUGCUGCUGCUUGCAGAGGGGAUAGAUGUACCUCUGGCAAUUAGUGAGAGUGAGAGUAGAACAGUGCUGUUUCUGAAGAAGGCAGAUGAAGGAGGGGAGCACUUUAGACUCAAUAUGAAUGUAGUGGUUAAAACUGGCAAAAAUGCAGAGUCUCUAGAUGUGUUUAAAAGGGUGCUUCAGAAAAAGGCAAUUGAUGUGGUAAGGUUUUUUAUACAGAAUAGAGAAAAUAGAGUUUUUACAAAAGAGGAAAACUCUUCAGAGCCAUUCCUCUAUAAACAGUUUGAGAAAGUCCAGUUUGUAAAUAGUCCCGCCUUCCUUAUACAGACUUAUAUACGCCACUGCCUAGAGAGUACAGAGGAAAUAGCUUUAUUUAUUCAGACUGUGCGGGAUCUGCUAAGUGAGUAUAUGGGGCAGAAAAAAGCCAAUUCAAAAAAGAAGCAAAGAAUAAAAACACUGGCCAUGCAGGCAAAGAGAAUGUUUUCCCGAUGCUUUAUGUCAAGGAAGAAAAGACCAAAUGAUUCACAGUUCAUGGAUGCACCCCACCAGAUCAAAGAAACACUGUACACCUAUUAUUAUAUACAAUCUACAACAGAUCUACUAUAUCUUGAGCCGGUUGCAGAUGUUGUUCCUGUUCCAAUGAAGAUGAACAGUUUACUGUCUCUUUGUUUAAAGACUAUGGGACUGUGUCUGCCUGCUGGGGAGAAUUCCAUUAAUAAUGGUAUUUUAGAGCCCAUUGCAGGAUUUACUGACUAUUGCGAGACUGUGCUGCUGGGCCUGUUCUGUACUAUUGCGUAUAACCCAAAGGAGAAUAUAUUCACAGUUGACCACAUAAACUCUGCCUCUAAGCAGCUGAAAAGCUUUUUCCGAAAACACAAAUACAUGUAUGGAGCAGUAUCAAAGAAAAUGCACGAUGACUGGAACCAAGUGGUAGGGGGCCUGUCCAAUCAGAACAUACAAUAUAUGCGGCCCGACAGAAACCAGCUUGUGCAAGGAAUAAUAAACAUGCUGCAUGUCAUUAAAGAGAUAGCAGGAGUGGGUGAUACAGUGCAGAUAGAUGAGUUUAGAGAAAGACUAAAGAGGAUAGAGGAGGAGCAGAAGGUCCAGGAAGUAAAACUUAUUUAUAGAAAACUUACAAAAGAUGCAAACAAUACAGAAGAAAAGAAAAAUGAAAUGAAAUUACAAAUAUUAGGCGUGAUUGAUGUGAAAAGACUGAAUAAAAUAAGGGUCCUUGAUGAGAAACUUAGAAAAGAAAAAAACAGAAAAGAAGCAGAUGAAAUCAAGCGAGAGAUACACGAACUAAUGGAUAUUGACUUGUUAUAUAAAAGUUAUACUGAGCAAGAGGAGGUGCUGAAAACUGAACUAGAAAACAAUAUAAAAGAAUAUCUGACAGAAGUAAUUACGAAAAUUGCAAUAGCUAAGGAUGUCACUAUUUCAAUAGAUUUCAUGUUUAAAAAGACUGUUAAAGAAAGCUGUAGCGAUGCAUUUGCCGAUUUAACCAUAUUUUAUGGACAUGCAUCUUAUCGCCAUUCUUUUAAAGCUUUUUUUAGGUAUAACCCAAAAGUGAUAGAAGUGGAGUGUAGCAUCACUUCUAAUGGAUUUGAUGCGCCAUGCCGAUUGGAGAACAAAAUACCUGGGGUAUUUGAGAGAAAAACGCCUAUUCUAGAAAUAUAUGAAUUAAAGCGCAGUAGACGUUAUAAACGAAUAAAGAUGAUCGGGGCCACACUUUUCUAUGUGGAUAUAACCCGAGAUUUGGACAUAAAUCUGCUUGAUAUUCUAAUGCACAUUCCAAAACACAAAAUAUAUAUUAUAUGGGCUCUAUUGCUACAUGCAAUAGACAGAAAUCUUGACAGCGACCACCCUUUUGUGCGCCUGGUAGAUAACCUCCUGGAGAGUGCUCGCUUCAUGCGUAUCGACCAAAAGAAUGAAAUGUUUAUGCUGCUUAGCCUCAUCUCAGUAGACAAGUACUAUCCGCACAUAACCAUAGACGAGCAUGCGUAUGGAAAUGAAGAAUAUUUUGCAGAAGUAAUAGAGAAUCUAUUGGAGUUGGCAAACAGUGCAACACUUGUGUCCCGCAAAGUGUGUGCUGAUAUAAUAACUAAACUAAUGAUUAAGUUGUUGAGGACUUUCCGGAGAGAUAAUGUAUAUUCAGAAUUGAAGUGUUUUGCUAGAAGGCUCAGUAAUAGACUCGGUAUACCCCGAAGAUCUUUAUUUGCCAAGAUUUUGACACUGGAUGGAACCACCAUGGAGUAUAUUACUAAAAUUGCUCAAUUUGCGCAGGGAAUGGGAAACGAAGAUCCUGCUGAUGGGUGUAAGGGAUACAUUAAUGUGUUUUUGAUGUGUAUUAUUCAGAAUACAAUUGAAUAUAGAUGUAAUUACUGGCAGGCUAUAGUAAAAGGAUGCUAUGACUUAAUUGACGUAACAGAACUCAGAAAGAGAAAUUUUAGUGAUCUUUCUCUUUUAUUCAGGCGUGCUACAGGUCUAUUACCCGUGUUUAGAUUCAUAAAACCUAUAGUGUGCGUUGAGCAUGAUGCAGAGAGCGUGGAAAGGUUUAGAUCAAUUGAAGAACUAUUUAAUGAACUUGUGCAUUGGUAA